GCGGGUUGGGCUGGGCGGAGGAGGAGAGGAAGAGCUGCCGGAAGUAGGCGGUGGAGGUGGCGGCAGAGCUGGCCGCAGCUGCCUGGGAAACCGAGGCGGGAAGUGCGGUGGCAGACCCUCAGCCCCGGGGUCGUUUGUGCGCCCCACACGCCUGAGGCCGAGGGCUCACUCCGCCUAGGCCGCAUCCCGGGUCCUGCAGUCUCCGCGGGUCCCCUCCUUGCUCGAGGCCCGCCAGGGGGCGCCGCGCCGAGGGGCUGCGGGGCGGGAGGCAGAAGACCCUGACCCCGGGACGGCUCGGGGCGGGGCGGGAGGACACGGCUUGUCCCACUCGGGAGGUGCGCCUAGGCGGGGGCCCCGAGGCCUCAGCCCCGGACCGAGGCAGGGGCUCCUGGGGGCGCGGGGGGCGCGUCGCCCUCUGCCCCCGCCGGCACCCUGGCUAUGACGGGCAAGUCGGUGAAGGACGUGGAUCGGUACCAGGCGGUCCUGGCCAACCUGCUGCUGGAGGAAGAUAACAAAUUCUGUGCUGAUUGCCAGUCCAAAGGGCCUCGAUGGGCCUCCUGGAACAUUGGCGUGUUUAUCUGCAUUCGGUGUGCUGGAAUCCACAGAAAUCUGGGGGUACAUAUAUCCAGGGUAAAAUCAGUGAACCUCGACCAGUGGACUCAAGAGCAGAUCCAGUGCAUGCAAGAGAUGGGGAAUGGGAAGGCAAACCGACUCUACGAAGCCUACCUUCCUGAGACCUUUCGGCGGCCUCAGAUAGACCCAGCUGUUGAAGGAUUUAUUCGAGAUAAAUAUGAGAAGAAGAAAUAUAUGGACCGAAGUCUGGACAUCAAUGCCCUUAGGAAAGAGAAGGAUGAUAAGUGGAAACGAGGGAGUGAACCUGUUCCAGAGAAAAAGAUGGAGCCUGUUGUUUUUGAGAAAGUAAAAAUGCCACAGAAAAAAGAAGACGCACAGCUACCUCGGAAAAGCUCCCCGAAAUCCGCAGCCCCUGUCAUGGACUUGUUGGGCCUUGAUGCCCCUGUGGCCUGCUCAAUUGCAAACAGUAAGACCAGCAACACCCUAGAAAAGGAUCUAGAUCUCUUGGCCUCUGUUCCAUCCCCUUCUUCAGUUUCCAGAAAGGCUGUGGGUUCCAUGCCUACUGCAGGGAGUGCUGGUUCUGUCCCUGAGAACCUGAACCUGUUUCCUGAGCCAGGGAGCAAAUCAGAAGAAACAGGCAAGAAACAGCUCUCCAAGGACUCCAUCCUGUCACUGUAUGGGUCCCAGACGCCUCAAAUGCCUGCCCAAGCAAUGUUCAUGGCUCCUGCUCAGAUGGCAUAUCCCACAGCUUACCCCAGUUUCCCUGGGGUUACACCACCUAACAGUAUCAUGGGGGGUAUGAUGCCCCCGCCAGUAGGCAUGGUAGCUCAGCCAGGAGCCUCUGGAAUGGUUGCCCCCAUGGCCAUGCCUGCAGGCUACAUGGGGGGAAUGCAGGCUUCCAUGAUGGGAGUACCGAACGGGAUGGUGACCACUCAGCAGGCCGGCUACAUGGCGAGCAUGGCGGCUGUGCCCCAGACUGUGUAUGGGGUUCAGCCAGCUCGGCAGCUACAGUGGAACCUUACUCAGAUGACCCAGCAGAUGGCUGGGAUGAACUUCUACGGCGCCAACGGCAUGAUGAACUAUGGACAGUCAAUGGGCAGUGGAAAUGGCCAGGCAGCCAAUCAGACGCUAAGUCCUCAGAUGUGGAAAUAAAAGCAAAGCGCCUGUAUGGCUGCCACUCUUCAGCCCUUGCUUUCCCUUUUCUCUUCUUUCCCAGCCAUCUCCUCCUCUUUAUCCUAGCUCUCUCUGUUUGAUUUAGAAGUUGCACAUAAGUCAUCUGGGAUUUGGCAUCAUGCCCAAUCCAGCCCCUUUCCCAACUCACAGACCUCUCUGUUGCUUUGUGUUGGUCACAUCCCGACUGUCCUGAUUUCCUCCCCACCCUCUCCCGGCACCAGCACCUUAGAAAUUAUCGGCAGAAGAGGGUACAUGAACUGCUCAGUACCUUGCCUUGAGGUUGAGCCUCCUCUCAGGCCCCCAGGAAAGUCUGUAGAGUCUGAGUGCUUGGCAGGGGGAACGUGGGGCAGUCCUUUAUUUGUUUUAAGCUGUUUCUAAAUGUUGGCAGUUUUGCUUGAAGAGGGAGGCAUUGUUCCCAGCUUUGUGGGAACGAAGGAAGUUCUGCAGCCAGAUACUCCUCGGGUCUUGGGUCAAGUUGGUCCUGGAGUGAGGCAAGCCCCUUCCUAUGAGGAUGAGCAACAGUAUCACUCCGUCUUGAGAGCUUCAGGACUCGCUGCUCAGUCAGCCUUUAUUAGCACCAAAGAUUCCAUGAAGGUCCCACACACCCCUUGCCUGCCCUAGGGCAGGAUCUGGCCCUGUGGCUGAAAGACCAGCCCCUAUGAGGAAAUGCAGAGCUUAAUGUGUGCACGGCUUGUGUGUGUGUGUGUGUGGGUGUGUGUGGGGGGGGGGUGUCGAGCCCACCUGCCACUUCCCCAUCUGCUGUGGGUGUUUUGUUUUUAUAGUUCUAGGUUUACAACAGAGAGGAAUUAAUUUCUCAACAGCCUAAAACUGUUUAAAACUUGCCAUCUCAUUGAUAGCUCCCUCCUGCUUUCCCUUUUCCCAUCCACCAUCUGUGAUACCCUCGUGUCUGAGUGCUGUCUGCCCGCCUUUUCCAGGUGUAAGAGGCAGAGAGCCUGGACAGCUUUCUCUCGGCCAUUGUUCACCCCACUUGAAAACUCAAACAAGAAAACUUUGCUUCAAAGAUCUCAUGUGUGGGAACCACAGCGCCUGGUUGCCUUUCUCCUGUGUAUGUGUAAAUUCCUUAAUAAAUAUUGCAGGGAAGGACCUUU